AUGCCACGCGAAGUCGACAUCUCCAACAUUGAACAGCAUUUCAUCCUUCAAGCCCUAGAACAAGGCGUCCGACUCGAUGGACGACGUCUUGGCCACUUCAGAAACCUCGACCUACAAUUCGGAGAUGAAUAUGGAACAGUGACUGCCCGUCUAGGGAAAACGAGAGUACAUGUGCAAAUUUCGGCAGAAGUCACAAAGCCACUCGAAGACCGCAAGUUUGAUGGGAUCUUCACAAUCGUCACGGAAUUGAGCCCUAUCGCGUCUCCCGCAUACGAAGUCGGUAGACAGACCGAGCAAGAAGUAAUAUUGUCUCGGACUCUCGAAAAGGCUAUACGCAGAUCUCGUGCUAUCGAUACGGAAUCCUUAUGCAUUAUUGCGGGCGCUAAGUGUUGGUCCAUCAGAGCAGACGUGCACGUUCUUGACUCUGACGGUGGUCUGGUCGACUGUGCCUGUAUCGCGAUUGUGGCAGCUUUGAGACACUUUCGAAGACCAGAUGUCUCGGUUGAUGGGGAAACUGUAACCAUCUACACCAUGGCCGAGCGAGUUUCCGUUCCAUUGAGCAUCAUGCACCACCCCGUCUGCACGACGUUCAGCUUCUACCACGGAGGGGAGACCGUCUUGUUGGAUGCCACACGCAGCGAAGAGCAAGUUCGGGAGUCGAGUGUAACUUUUACGGUGAACGAUUUUGAAUUAUGUCAGGUUUCCAAGAUGGGAGGGAGCUCGAUCGAUGCCCUAGUUCUCCUGAAGUGUAUCAACACGGCGCUGAGCAAAGGGAAAGAGAUAAACGAGAUCGUGGCUAAGAAAUUGGCAGAGGAUACGACCAAGCGAGACGUGGGCGGACUGAUUGCCGAGCUGAGAGCUGAGAAUGAGAGAUGA